AUGAAUAACAGACCCAAUGAUUUCCAGAAGUUUGCUCAGGACUUGCAAUCAAGACUAGCAAAUAUCCAAAGAACUAAACAAUCGAAAAUACCUCGCCGUUCUAAUAUCGUCGGUCUUUUAGGUUUAAUAGCAUUAGGUGGUGGUGCAUUAUUAUUCAAUUCCUCUCUUUUCAACGUGGAUGGUGGUCAUAGAGCUAUUCUCUAUUCCCGUUUAUCUGGUGUGUCAAGCAAAAUUUAUAACGAAGGGACACAUUUCGUUAUUCCAUGGUUACAAACCCCCAUCAUUUAUGAUGUAAGAGCCAAACCAAGAAAUGUGGCUUCUUUAACAGGUACAAAGGAUUUACAAAUGGUUAAUAUCACUUGUCGUGUGUUAUCUCGUCCAGACAUACCUUCUUUACCUUUGAUAUAUAGAACUUUAGGUCAAGAUUAUGAUGAAAGAGUUUUGCCUUCUAUUGUCAAUGAAGUUUUAAAAGCCGUAGUAGCUCAAUUCAAUGCCUCUCAAUUGAUUACUCAAAGAGAUAAAGUUUCGAGAUUGAUCAGAGAAAAUUUAGUUCGUAGAGCUGGUAAAUUCAAUAUCGCUUUAGAUGAUGUUUCAAUCACUUUUAUGACAUUUUCACCAGAAUUCACUAAUGCUGUUGAAUCUAAACAAAUUGCUCAACAAGAUGCUCAAAGAGCUGCGUUUUUAGUAGAUAGAGCUAGACAAGAAAAGCAAGGGAUGGUGGUCAAAGCUCAAGGUGAAGCCAAGAGUGCAGAAUUGAUCGGUGAAGCUAUUAAGAAAUCUAAAGAUUAUGUCGAAUUGAAAAGACUGGAUAUUUCCAAAGAUAUUGCCAAGAUCUUGGCUACCAGCUCGAAUAGAUUAGUAUUGGAUAACGAAGCUUUAUUGUUGAAUACCCAACUCGAUGCUCGUGGAGAACAUAGUAAAUAG